AUGCUUCUUAAUCGUUUAAUUUGUAAAAGUCGUGAAAUUUAUUUUAAAUUAGAAUCUCAGGUUUUAUUUUGUUUUUUUGGAACUCCAUUCCCUCAAGGUUUCAGUUUCAAUCCUAUCUGUGAAACAGCUUUAAACCAUAAUUCUAUUUUACCAAGCCCGGAAAAUGUCUUGCAAAACGCAUUUUUAUUUGCUGUACCAAAAAGUAGAAGGUCAGUUGAGAAAAAAAGAAACCGUAAAUUUGGUUUUCCUCAAUACCAUUGGAAACUGUUAGUUCCAAAAAGAAAUAUUUUGAUGUGUGACACUUGCGGAAGUGACUAUGAAGCAGGUCAUCUUUGUGGUUAUUGCUACAAUCAAGUAAAACUAGAAACAGAAGAAAUGCAAAAAGCAAUUCAAGAUGAAUUAAAGUUAAACCCUGUUGACAAAGAAGUUACAGUUGUUUAUGAAGGUGAAGCAACAGGAAAACCCGAACACUUUUGGAAGGACAAAAGGGUUGUAGAAAUGAAGAAGCCCAGACCUGCUUGGUUUAGUAAAAAUUUGUUACAGAAAAGUACUGCUGAUAACUCAGAAAAUAAAAAUUUAAAACCUACUGAUUUAGCUUAA